AGCUGGUGCGCACUGGUCGUCUCUUUCUGGCAGUGAGAUGGCUUGGUUGGACAUACUUUACCACCCGAUCUGGGCAGUUUCCACGGCGCUACUUGCGCUGGUUGUGCGCAUUCAAAGGAGAGGGAACUGGGAUCCACAAGCCUGCACCGUGCAACUGAAAGGAAAGACCACUAUAGUGACAGGAGCCAACACAGGGAUCGGGAAGUUCAUUGCACUGGACUUUGCACGUCGCGGGGCCCGUGUUAUCCUGGCCUGUCGAAGCGAGCCCCGGGGGACAGCAGCACUUGAGGAAAUCCGAGAAAAAACAGGAAAUUCUGAUGUCCACUUGCGUUUGGUAGACCUUUCGUCUCUGGACUCAGUCAGAGAAUUUGCUGCAAGGAUUCUCGAAGAAGAGAAAGCGCUUCAUAUUCUUGUCAACAAUGCUGGAGUAUCAGGUUUACCCAGGGGUAUAACCAAAGAUGGGUUGGAAGUUUCUUUUGCCACCAAUCAUCUGGGACCAUUUCUCCUCACAAACCUGUUGCUGGACUUGAUAAAGCGUUCAGCACCAGCACGUAUUGUCAACCUUAGCUCAGUCAACCAUAAGAAAGGUCAUGUGGACUUCUCUCAUUUUCAUGGGGAGAACCUCACUUAUUACAUGGAUAAAGUCUACAACCACACUAAGCUCCACAAUGUCAUCUGCACCAAUGAGCUAGCACGCAGACUGGAGGGAACAGGAGUCACCGCAAACUCUGUCCACCCUGGUAUUGUCAUGACAGAAGUGUUGAGGCACUAUCCUUUGAUUGUUCGUUUAAUCUUCAACUUAAUUGGAUUUUUCUUUUUCAAGUCGGCAGAAGAGGGAGCAGUGAGCUCUAUCUACUGUGCAGUUGCAGAAGAAAUGGAGGGGAUAACUGGGAAGUAUUUUGACUGUGACUGCUCACUGACUCUCCCCGGCCCUUUAGCUCGAGAUGCUGCCCUUGCAGUGAAGGACUUUGAAGUCUGCGAGAGACUAACAUCAAAGCUGUGAAACAACUAUGGAAAUGGAGGCUUGACUUAAAUAUGGGAUCAAAUUCCAUCCUAUUACUCAAAAGCUUUUGUUGAGACAACAAUGUGACAUAAUGUAACAAUGUUACAUUUUUUUGUAAGGAAAGCACACACUAUUGCAUGUUUUGUCCUCUUAUAUUUGUUUACUUUUAAAUACAUUGAUUUUAUAUUCUUGUGGCUGGUUUGUUUUUAUACAAAAGAAGGCUCAUUUUUCAUUCAAAAUGAAAAAGUUAAAAAAUCCUAAAAUUUGUGAAUUAUGCUUUAUCACUCUUUCUUGCAUUGGUGUGGAUACUUUGUCAAUAAUAACAGGGUAAAGAUUAGGUGGGUAUGAGUUCACCUAUUACUAAAAAUAAGUUGUCAUGUUGGAGUAAUUGUCUUUCUGGAAAAUUGUGGUUUUUCUAUGAGAAAUGCUGACACCAUGUGGCCAACUUGGGCUGUCAUGCUUUUUUAGAGGUAUACAUUACAAAAAAGAGGCUCCAAUAAGUGACACAACCACUUCCCUUUAUUGACUGAUUCAUUAAAACACAAUAAAACAUUUGGGCAUUCAAUGCUUUUGAAGAAUUUAUACAGCGUUCAUCCACUCGUGCCUUCGGCUACGCUAUUUGGCUGCAGAGAUAAAGAUAGCAAAAGAACAUUAUGGUUAUCAAAGAGGCACUUACUACUCUGUGUCUAUCAAUCAUCUACUGAUAAUAAAAUAAUAUACAAGGCCA